GUCUACAUAAGGCCAUACACGUAUACAGAGAGUGAGCAUUAUCGGGCAGUUAACAUGAGAACAUACAUAAUUUUUGCAGUGAGCAUCGUUGGCCAGUCCAUGGCAUACCGCGGAACCUUCAAUGAAUCGAGGUAUGCCAAUGACGUCCUGUACACCAUCACAAACGAAGACUGCGGCCAUGACGUAGAGUUUCCCGGCGAACACGCGGUGAUCACAUACGGCACGGCAAGCAUGAAUGUGACCCUGAGUCUCGGCAAAAUGGACAGGCAGAGCGUCAAUUUCGAGACUUCUUCCAAGAUGACACCAAUAAGUGAUCUUGCCGUCACCAUCAAGUCCAUACUUAGCUACAAGGUCACAUACAACUACGAAAUUGACGGUCCACAGUCCAACAAAGGAGUCAGUGGAAAUGCCGAAGUAUUUGUGCUCGAUUACUUGUUGAGCACUACCAUCCACUACUAUGGAAGCAACUACCCAAUACUCAUCAGCAGCAGCGAACGUUCUAACUCGACGUCUGCGACAACAGAACCAACUCGCGAGUCGGUCAUGAUGGUGCUGCAAGACAAGUGGAAUGGGCCGGACAAGAGCAUUUUCCCGAGAGCUCUUGCUUCGUGUAUCGAGACUUCUGCUUAUGAACUGGACGUCACGCAGUAUUUCCUCGCUUCGAAGUCUUCAUGAGUAAACCUCUUUGUGAGAGUGCGAUCAAGUUGUAGUAUUCUUUCCAUUGCCAGUAUAUUAAUACUGUCCUAGUGCAUAUUGAUUGUAACUCAGGCAGGUUUCAGUUGAACAGAGAGGCGCAUUGUUAUAACACAAAAUUCCUGGAAAUUUGCAUGUGCCUGAAGCAGCUUCAAAAAUUUUCCUAUAAAUAACUGAUUUUCCUGCAAUAAAAAUAUUUUAAUUUUUGAUUUACACUAUAAGGCUCUUUGUUUGAGUAACAAUAUUUUCUACGUAUCGAAUCAUAAUGUUCAACUCUUUAUUUUUUUAAAUAGUUUCUGUUGGUUUUAAUAGUAUUAAUUAAUAAAACCAGACGUGUGCAAGUGUGUUUUCACUGUUGUAGGUAGUCUUUCAAUAAUUUCUACCAUCUAAAUAUAAAUUUCAAUAACUGUUUUAAGCAUAUUUUAUUUAUGUUGCUGCACAAAUAUGCCACCCCUUACGUGUGGCAUUUUAUGUGUGACAUUUUCAAUAUCUAGAGACCUUGUGUAUUAUCAGAACAAAUAAUUACUUAAUUAAUUUAUUGUGUAUUUUUUUUAAUACUCUGUCUAAUGUUUCCAUUAAAUUUUAAAGCACUUUAUUAGAUUCUGAAAAACUAAUCCAAAGUUUAA